AUGAAUGUUAGAACUGAAAUUGAUCACGAAAAGAAAGACCACACUAAGACCCAAUUGAUUAAAGGAAAGUACAAGAAGGAUAUCGCUGAAAUCACAGUCAGAGCUGAAACCCUUGAGAAGAACAUCCAGAUGGCUGAACAAGAGAAAGUCAAGACUGUGAGAGAUCAUAAAACCGCUAUUGAAGAAUUGAUGAGAACAAAUACUGAACUCGACGAAAAACAAGACAAAUUUGACAAAAUUGAAGACAAUAUGUCCGAGAUGAAGACUGAAUUGAGGCAACAUUUAAAAACAGUUGAAAACACUUAUGAGAAUAAAUUAACUGAAUUGAAUAAACAACUUGAUCUUGAAAGAACCACUGCUCAACAGGCUAAAGCAUAG